CCUUGGAUGAGAAGAAGCGUCGUCUGUCGUAUGACAGUCUGCAUGCAAAAACAAAGAUGGCCUCGCGCGGUUCUGCUCGGUUCUUUGUUGUGCCGUGACUAAAGUGCAAAAUCCGACCCGUUCCGCGCGCUUUCCGGUUGUGAAUUUGGUGUGCCCGGGUAGCGCUCGUUCCGCCGGCUCCGGGGGUGGUAAAAUUUCCUGGAACGUGGUUGAUUUUGGUGGAGAAAAGUGCGUCGGUAACGUUUUGAGCGCGCGCUCGCGUGUUUUUGUUUGGGUUUUUGUGGGGGAGGGGGAGUUGGCGGAAGAUUGUUGGUUGGGAUGAUGGAGUCCAGCGGAUUGGUGGCUGUUCCGAGUGGGAUCAGUGUUUUGCCGGUUGGACCGGGUGUUGUGAAAGAGGAGCCGGCGUCUUUGGAGGUGCAAGAUGGUUGUGGAGAAGGGACCGGCGCAGGGGGAAGUAAACAAAAACAUAAAGCUGAGAGUCAGUUGAUUUUGGUGAUGGAGCCACAAAAUCCGUCCCCGACAAAGUAUUUUGACCAGAAUGGGGUUCCGUUGAAGAAGGAAGAAACAGGUCUGGAACAGGUGAAGGUGGUUGGGAAGAGUAAGCGCACGAAGUUGACCAUAACGUGCCACAAGUGUCGACGGAUGUUUGAGACAAAGGUUGAGUUUGAGUUUCAUUACCGGAAGGCGUACAACCAGGAACCGGUGUACGCGUGUGGCCAGUGUGAUAAGCAAAUUCUGCAGUACAAAGCUUACCGUUUGCAUUGCUAUCGGCACUCGAAUAGCGCAACUCAGCGUUAUACGUGCGCCGUUUGUGCCAAGGUAUUCCACCAAAAAUCCGACCUGACCCGUCACGAGGCUAUUCACGAAACGGCUGCGGCGCCGGCCGCAAGCAAGCAAUCCGAGUCGGAGCAACUCCCAAUUGGCUGUGAUCGUUGUGAUGCCGUGUUUGGGUCGCAGGCCGAGGUUCGCGUGCACGUCCGGAAGAUUCAUCCCGUGCCGAAGCAGAUGAUUGAAUGUCCCGACUGUGGGAAGUUGCUGUCUGCUGGCAGUUUGUACUCUCACCGGAAGAUUCACUCGGUGGAUGGGCCAAGGUUCCGCUGUGAGGACUGCGACAAGUCGUUCGUCCAGAAGAUUAACUUUAUUCACCACCGGAAGAAGCACCUGCCGAACGACGAGAGACCGUUUCAGUGCAGCGAAUGCGACAAGGCAUUUUUCGAGAAAUCCCAUCUUCAGCGGCAUCAGUUUUUUCACUCGGAAGUUCGACCUUUCAAAUGCUUAAGCUGUGGAAAGUGCUACAAAACUGAACGAUGUCUCAAGGUUCAUUCUGCGGUCCACAGCGCAGCUCGUCCAUUUGUAUGCUUAGAAUGCAACAAGGGCUUCCUGAGCAGUUCAAAACUUCGCCAGCACACGAAUAUCCACUCUCCACCAGGGUCCAGACCCUUCAAGUGCAAGUACUGCGCGCGCGAUUUCACCAACUUUCCCAACUGGCUCAAGCACAUCCGGCGGCGGCACAAGGUCGAUCACCGCACCGGCGAAAAGCUCGACAGCGUGCCCAAGUUCAUGACGAAGAAAAAGGUCACCGUUGAGUCGGUCGCGCCGAAAAAGGCCCCCAAAAAGGUCAAAGAUCCGCCCCCGCCGCUGUCCAGCAUCAAAGAGGAGAGUCUUCCGUUCGUCGGCGACAACUCCAACAUCGAUCUCAACCUGGUCUCCAAGGACGACCUGCUGCCGCCGCUCAAGAUGGAGGAAAUGGGCGACAUCUUUCUGUCGCUGCCCGAGGGGGUCGUCAACGAGGACGCCCGCGAUGGCGUGUCGUCUCCGGAAAAGGACCGCAGAACGACGGCACCCGCUGCGGAGGAAGAGGGCGACCGGAAGGAGGAAUCGCUGCCGGAAGCGCCGCUUGGACUGGGCGCUGGGGACGAUGGAGUGCUGUUCCGGUUCGGGUAUGGCGGCGACGACGGUCAGUUUGAUUGUGAUUUUAGCGGAAUCAAGGGGGAAUUUGCCGCUGAUGAAGCGGCCACCGUCAUACGAGAGAGUGCCACGGACGCUGGCGCAAUUCCCCCGCUAUCCGCACCUACAUCCCCACCGAACCAACUUCAGCUGCAUCAUCAGCAGCAGCAGCAGCAGCUCCUAUCUCACUCUCCCUUCAUCCUAAGUGGUGGCGGCGGCGACCUCUCCAUCUUCCCGGCGUUGAUCUCAAUCUGCGGAGGUGUCGGCGCGGACCAGCAGCAGCAGUUCCAGCUCAUCAAUCCGCACUUUUUGCACCUGCCGCCGCAGCUGCUGCGCCGGAGUGUGGCCGGUGCGGAGGUGGUUCCGUCCUCGACGGAUGGCGGCGUCGGGUUGAAGCUGGAAUCACCGUGAGUAAGAUUAACUUUUUCACAUACUUUUAAAAUUACACUCUGAAAAACAACAGUUUACGGUUAAAUGUGUUUGGCGAAAGACACGAAAACGUGAUUCGUGGACCGGGAAUCGCUUGUGGGCUAGUGAGAGAACGUGAAAAUUGUGAUGGUAAUAGUUUUUUUCUCUAUAUAUUAAUCGUAACAUUUAAAGUAAGCAUACCAAAAGGGGAUACAGAAAAGAAUACUUCAACAAACAAACAGGAAAUUGUUCAGGAAAAACAGAUUUUGAAUCGGCUUUUGCUGCUGUGAGUAUUAUUAGAUUGGGGAGAAAGAAAGUGAUUCAAACUUUUAUUUCUUUUUAACUUUUGGCCGAAACAGUAAGAAAACACAAGAUAUUUUAGAGAUUUAUAAAACAAAAAAACAUAAACUCAGCGCCUACAAAAGACUGCUCAUUUUGUAAUAAAAGCACCAAAUUUUAAAACAGAA